AUCGAAGAUUUAUUUCUGUACGUGCAGUCACCUUGAUCCAGUCCGCGCCACAUCUGCACAAUUGCACGAACACAUAAGUAAAGUACAUCGUGUAAUACACGAUACGUCUCGGGGCUGUUUCACUGCAUCCACGCUUUUUGGAAUGACGCUGAUCGGCGCUAACUCGAACACGUUUCGGUCGACUCUGUAACCACACCUGCGUCGCUGUCUUUAGUGCAUACUUAGCGCAUACGUUGAUCGGAGUUGCUCCAUUUAACGAUCGUUCCAUCACGAGACGUCAUGCCGACACCCACGCACGGUGGGCGUACCGUGAAUCCCAUCUUUUCGGAAACACGAGAGGGGGAGAGACGCGUUAUCGCUGUAUGAAUUAAUGAUCGACGCGAUAACAUAAUCCUCCUUCGAGUUUCUGCUUCGAGCUUACAUUGUUAGUUAAUCAGCAACGAGAUUUGCUUGUUUUGAAAACAACAGGCGAUUUAUCGGCCAGGAUUUCAAGCUUGGUUUAAUUGAUUUAUUUAGUUGAAUGAACUGAAUCAUGAUUAGGAUCCUUUUUAGGUUUAUGUUGAAUUUGAUUGGGAUAGUUGAGAAACAUAAAAAUGGUUGAAAAGUCACUUGUUUAAAUAUUGAGUUAGUCGAGUAGAUUAGAAAGCUUGAAAGACUUGAAAUAUCUGAGAAACUCAAAGUAAACGAUGUUAAUUUAUAUUUCAACAACACUGCUUUGAACCAUCCUACAGUCGUAACAAGUAAAUUUAAAUUUAUAUUCACCAAGUAGCUCCCUAAUGGAGUUUUCUAAAUUUAAAUUUAGCAAUAUGACUGCAAAGGGAGUUUUUAAAUUUGAAUUUAAUUCUAAGCCAGAGUCUAAACGCGCGUAAUUAGUGAAUUAGUGCUUUGGUUUCAGAAAAAUAUUUGAGGAAAACCUUAGCAUCAGGUAGACUGGAAAAUAGUGUUGUUUUUUCAAUUUUAAAUGCCUGUUUAUCACUCACCAGCUCAUUGGUUUCUAUCGAUCUGGUAUUGAAAAUUUGCAAACUGUUUGCAAGGCUGUUGAUAACAAGGGCGAUUACAUAAUUGCUUAAAAAUAGAAAUUUAUUAAAUCUUACUUUCGAGUCUAGCUAAUACAAAUGUGAAAUGAACGUAGAUAAAUUCAUGCAUCUCACGCAUUCGUCAAUUUAUUAUCGCACGCAAUUCACGAUCGACAUUUCUAUCGAGGAUCCGUAUCAUCGAUCGAACGGUUCGACUGAGCAAAUAAUUAAAAUCAAGCUUGCAUCGCUGGUUCCUCAUUUACUUUGUUAUUUACGUCGUAGGUCGUAGAGUAAUAAUUUCAGCGAACACAGCAAGGGGAAUUGAUGACGUUCAAAGAUGUUCCGCAAAGAGACGUCUCGCGACGACAAGGGAAUUUCUCUAGAAAGUAAACGAUUAAUUUCGCUCCUACGGUCGCAAGAAAGAAACCUGUCGCGUAUUUGCGAACAAGAAAUCUUCGACUUGACAGGGAUUCGCGUAAGCAAAUACUCUGAAAAGACGGGCAUUCGCGCGAGGCUCGUAUCACGUGAAGUUUUCUCGUUAACUUCUUGCUGGAGAUCGAUCCAACGGAGCGUCUCUGGCUAGCAUCAACGCCCCUGUAUGGAAACAUAAAUGCGUGCGAAAUUAUAGUAGAGUCGUUAGCGUAGUUUGGUUGAAACCGUACACGAUCUUGCUUGAUCUUAUUUUAUCCCCCCUCUAACCCCCCUUUGAGAGCGCAAUUUGCAACUCGCGCGAGAGCAUGGAAAAGUUCUCAGUAGUGAAGAGGCAGUGUUGGGCAGAAGUUAUUUCGAAUAACGAAUAAAAUUAGUUAUUCGUAAUCAUUUGUUUGUACGUUCUCAAGUUAUUCGUUAUUCGCGAGUAUAUUUCAGUAGUGUACCGGUGCACAGAGUCGGGGACUGUUCGGAUAAAUUCAUAUUCGAGUAAUCAUUCGAAUGAAUCGAUAAAUAAAACUAGGAUCUCGUAGUCCAAAGAACGAAUGAAAUGAUUUAUUCAUCUUUUGUUUGUACGUUCUCAAGUUAUUCGUUAUUCGCGAAUAUAUUUCAGUAGUGUAUCGAUGCACAGAGUCGGGGACUGUUCGGAUAAAUUCUUAUUCGAGUAAUCAUUCGAAUGAAUCGAUAAAUAAAACUAGGACUUCUGUCAGUGGUUCGUCAGUAAUUUUAAUAGCGCAACGAAUAAAGAAUAAAUGAUUGGCGAACGACUAACGAACAAAUGAGUGACGAAUAAAAUUCUAUUCGUUAUUCGUUGUUCGAAUGACGUCCAACACUGGGUAGAGGGUAGUUUGAAGAAGCCACGACUUCGCUGUCACCUUUCUAAGCGCUGGUAUAUCGGCAUGGCCUGGUUUCACCUGUAACUCUGUCGUUGGAAACGUGCACCCGAUCUUUUCUCCUCGAGUUACACUUUCACCGUCGUCCGACACGGGACCAGGCGGCUCGCAUAGCACUCUUGCCCGUUUAAACCGAGACCGAGCGUUUCCGUUUCAGGACCAUGACAGCGAUCUGCUUCGUGUGCAACUUACCGAUCCUGAGUCAUCAGGUGGGGCUGAUAUGGCAGGGAGGAAACGGAUGGGACGAUCUCGUGCGGGAGCAGGUGGAAGAGUCCACCUUGAAGCAACGACUCGGAAGCGGAAGACGCGAUUCCGCGACGCAGAUCUCGCCGCCCAACGAGCCCCAGGAUCCAUCGCCGACGAACCAGACCCGUCGGAGGUCCAGCUUGGCCCAACUGACGGACAUCUUGAGGGAGUGGAGCGGCGGGGGCGGUUCUGGGAAGAGCGGACGCGGAAAUAAAUUCUGCCGGAGGGAAACGCUCGCGGACAUCGCCAAGUUGCCAUGGUCCAGACAGACGACCGACGUGAGCCAUCUGGAGAGAUUUCGGAAGCGGCGCGAGAGCUCUGUAGACAGUGGGAUUAGAAGCCAGCCAUCGACGAAAUCCAGACGGGACUCGGCCAUUAGCGAGAUUAGAAACGACAUCGCCAAAUUAUGGAGCAAGAGGGAGGCCGCCCCGCAGCCCCAGCCACCGCCCACGGUCAUUUCGCCCACCCCUCGUCGCGGCUCGGCGGAGUUGCGGAAUUCCCGUCGCGGUUCUGGGGAGAGCGCGCGGUCCAGGAGGGACUCGGUGGUCGCUGGACAGACCCCCAGCCCGGGUGAAAGGAAGCAUAACUGCCGUCAUCACAGACGUAGACAAUCCCAGCAGUCCAUAGACGGCGGCAUCGGCGCAGCGGCUGCAAAAUAUUACAGGAACGAUCAAAGACCGAGCGCCUCCAGCACCGAUAGCGCGACCAGCAACGCUGUCAGAGAGCACCUGGAGACGCGAAACUCGAUAGAGAAGACCGAUCGUUCGAGCAGCCUCGAGGCGAAGACAGCAGACGCUAAAACGGUAACAGCCACGACGACGACCACCACCACCACCACGUCUAUCAUAGACGUCAAGACGCCCGUUAUCACGGUCGUCGACUCGAAAUCGUCGGCCACGAUGACGACUGCGGCGCCCACUGCGAUGGCGACGGUCUCCACGUCUACAGCGACGUCCACCAUGCUCACCGUCGAGCCGAAGGUGAUCCUGGACAGCAAGAACCUAACGUUGGAGGCGUCCAUCACGCCGCCCACUAUCAUAAUGUCGUCUGUGACACCGCCGACCGUCUCACCGACGAUUGGCAGCAGCCUUCCGCUUCCUGGAACCUCGCCUUCCGGCAGCUCCAGCCCCGUCGGCUCCCCGAAUGUUAACACGCCUACCCACCCCCUGCUCAGCACCAGAAGAGACUCCACCACUCAGUGUUACUACAAGGGAAAGGAAGUGUCGCCGAGCAAAUUAUCAAGAUUAACUCGUCAGGCGGCGGCAAUAGACGAAUCGAUGCCACCUGCAGGACGUCGCGGGAGCCAGCCGACGUUAUCACCGGAUCCCGAAGACGGAGGUCGAAAAGCUCGCAGGGACUCGCUGAGUCCGGAUUCCGCCUCUUACCCGAGGCGUCGCGACUCCAGGAGCCAUCUGAGCCCGGAUAGGACCGUCGAUAAGAGAGAUAUCAGCCCUAUCAGGACACGAAAGCAUCAGCUCAGAAGGCAGUCGACUUCGAUGGCCGGUCGGGCACCGAGAUCGCCGGAUAGCUCCACCUGCUCGUCGAGGGACCCGAGUCCUUGUGCGCGUGCACCAAGCACCCAGCACGCUCCGAUAAGAAGACAAUCAACGACCGAGGAAAUCUUCAUAGCUCGUGGCUUUCGACGACAGAGCACCACGGAGGAAAUGAUUAGAUGUCGAAAUUUUCGAAGGCAGAGCUCUCAAAGCGACGAAGUGGUUCAGAGAUACCGAGGACGCAGAGACAGUUCGGCUCAAAUCACCGAUGGCACGUUCGCUUCGAUGACCGUAGAGACAUCUAGUACCUUUUUCGACAGCAGUACGCAGACUGAACCGUCGCCGUUAUACGACAACAAUCACUACCACGAGGAAUGCCUAAAAUGUAACAGCUGCGGCUUGAAUCUCACAGGACCCAAUCAGAAACGGGCUAGACGGUUCAAAAACCAAAUACUUUGCGAUCUACACUUCGCUGACGUGGCGCUGAUGGAGUGCUCGGACUUCAUGCAGCAGUUGCGCAGCUUCAAACCACAAAGUUUAGGCUGCGCAGUUGCGAGAAGAAAAUCAUCGACCACCCUGAUCUUCCCGCUGCCGCCGCAAGCGUGCUCAGAUGAAUUCUGUUCAGAGUUCCCGCACAAUCUGAUGCCGACGCCUGGAUACUGGAUCGAGUGUUCCAGACAGCAGAUUAUGUCGGACACGAUCUGGGACGAGAGCGAGAGCGGAGAGGCCACGGACCCCGAGCAGGCGGAGGACCAGCCUGAGCCUGCCCCUAGGCGACAGGACAACAACUAUUGCUUCUACGAAGAGAACGAGGUGGAGACGGACGAAGUGCCGCGGAAGAAGACCACCAUCGAGGAGCAAUGGGAGAAGAACCAGGGAUUCGAGCUCACCUCCGUCGAGCAGGAGACCUACGAGAAGUAUUUCUAUCUGAGGGAGCACUGGAACUACUUCACCAACGACGAGGACCUCGGCCCGGUGAUACUGAGCAUCAAACAGGAAACGUUGAACGGCAGGGAUCAAUUCAGGAUCCUCGUCAGGGCCAUCAGCUACACCGUGCAUGGCCUCAUCCCUGCCAGCUGCGUCUUCGCGGAUCGAUACAAUCGGGAGGAGGUAGUAAGAAGCCUGGGUAAAGAGGUGAACGUGAACCCACCGCUGACGCUGGGUCAGCUGCCAGAUACACAAGACGAGUUGCUCAAACUGGAUCAGGUAUUCAUAAAGUCGGAGCUGAAGGUCGGGGUGAUGUACGUUCAAGAAGGCCAGUACACCGAGGAGGAGAUACUCGACAACAAUGAGAACUCGCCGCUCUUCGAGGAGUUCCUGCAGAUCCUCGGCGACAAAGUUCGUCUGAAGGGCUUCGACAAGUACAAGGGUGGCCUGGACACUAUUCACGACCUGACCGGCUUGUACUCUGUCUACACGAACUGGAGGAGCAUCGAGAUCAUGUUCCACGUGUCCACGUUGCUGCCUUACGAGAAGCACGACCCCCAAAAGCUCCAAAGAAAGAGACACAUCGGCAACGACAUAGUGUGCGUCGUGUUCCUAGAAGCUGAUAACACUUCAUUCAGUCCGGCUUGUAUAAAAUCGCAUUUCCUGCACACGUUCAUCUUGGUACGAGUCAGCCCCCGCAUCAAAAGGAAAAUCACCAGGUACGAGGUGUCCGUCGUAACCAGGGACGAAGUCGGUGCCUACAAGCCCUACCUGUGGGAACAGAACGUCUUCGAGAAAGGGCCCAUGUUUCGUGAAUGGAUCCUAACGAAAAUCGUGAACGGAGAGAGGGCGAGCUACUCGGCGCCGAAAUUCGCCAGGAUGCAGGAAAGAACGAGGAGUCAAAUGCUGGAGGACAUCGUGGCCAAUCUGGCCAAUCACGUGGAGACUGGACAAAUUCCGAAACCGUACAGACGCGGUUCCUGGCGACCGAUCGGUCACAUGAGGCCAGCUUCACCCCUCCUGGAUUCGGUCAGAGACCAAUUCGAGGACUACGAUCAGCUCGCCAAGGACUUCACCAGGGUGUUCUUGAACAAUCAGGAGAACGCCUCGGUGAACGCUAACCUGUUCGACGUAUCAUUCUUGGUUCCUGGCCAGCAGAAACAGAAAGUCCGUUUCAUAGGAGUCAGAGCGAUCCUGGCUGUCAGAAGCAGGGUGUUCCAAGAGAUGCUGUACGGGAUCCAAGCCGGUUUCGGAAGUCCUCAGGUACCGGUAGCGGAACUGCUCGCCAGACCUGCGCCUACCUUGGUCAGCCCGCAGAAACCACGGAGUUCGAACUUCCUUCAAGUUCCUGACAUGGAGACCCCAAGACCCAAAAGCGUGCCCUCGUCGCCGAUGGUGAAGCGCGCGUUCUCGAGGAUCGGAACGAUCACGGCUGGCUGGAGCAGGAGCAUCCGGAAACAUGGCGGCGGGAACACCCUGCAGAGCGAGGAUCGCAAACGCUGGCUCAGCUCUCAGGAUUGCAGUAAUAAAGAAGCGAAGGAGAAGGAGAAAGCUGCUCAACAAUUAGCUGUCCCGAGGCUCAGCGUCGUGGCAGACGCUCAGAAGGUCGACAGAGCAAAAUUGGCACAGACAGAGUUCGACAUCAUCGAGUUCGACCCAGAGACGUUCAGGAUCCUGCUCGACUACCUGCACACAGGUUCCUGUUCCCUGACCUGCAGCAACAUUCCAGGCCUGAUCUGCGCAGCGGAGCACUACGAUCUCCCGGACCUCCUUCAGGCGUGUUUCCAUCACGCGAAACAGUUUCUGCGCAUCGAGAUCGUCUGCGUGAUGCUCUGCACCCUGGAGAACUACUGUUGGCGUUACACGUCCGCCUCCGAGCUGGUGAACAUGAUCCUGGCGUUCGUCGAGACCAGGGCGUACCAGCUGUUCCACAAUCCCGGCUUCCUGACGUUGAGCGAGUCGAUGGUCCAGAUGAUCAUGUGCAGGGGCCUAGAGGUGGACGAGAUCAACAAAUUCGAGGCGAUGCUCAACUGGGCCAAGCACAGGAUCAAGACGAAGUCGGCUAAAGUGGACGCAAAGGUCGAGUUCAAGUGCAUCAUGGAGAGGCUCAGCAGAGACCUCAAGCUCUACAGGAUAACGCCCCAAGAGCUUAUCAGGAUCGUGUUGCCAUCGAAGGCGAUCAAGAACGAAAGGAUCCUGGACACGCUGAUGUACCAAGCGAAAUCAGGCAUCUACAAGAACGUCGACGCCUGCUUGGAGUCCUAUCAAAAGAAGAUGCAGAACCAGGAAAGCUUCGACUGCGGAAUGUAAACGAUGUUCGCGUAAAGUAUCCUUUAAAGAUCGACAGAGCACCUAGGACUCCGACGCCGCGGUUCACCGAGAAACGAGGACUCAAGAUCCAAAAUGGAGACCAAACUCAAGUUCGUCUAAUAUUUUUGGUCCCUCGUGAAUUGUUCCGCGACAAAAGCAUCCAGCGAGGGGAGGAUUCAGUGAGAGGGUGCAACCGCCCUAGAAAACACAUCGAGAAUCACGAUGGAUCGAAUCAGGGGUUCGAGCCUUGUAACAAGAUUCUUCGUCGCUGACCCCUUCGCUAAAACUCGAGACGAUCGAAAGCACUGUCAGGGUUUCGACGCUGUUCCUCGAAGAGAAAAUCUUGCAUCAGGAUUCCCUGACCCGUAGACCGACACGAAUCGUUCUGCAAGAGACUGGAUCCAGGCUACCGAGGGAAAUUGUGAUCAACUCUUAGAAAAUGUCUAGUUCGUAAUAGAAGAAUGUUUUCGGCGGGAGGACCGUGCUAGGCUCUCUUAGAAAUCCGAAGAGAAUCGGAGAACACGUUUAGAAGAACGUUCACCUCUGGAAUGCAAACGAGCAAGUUUCGUAAGCCAUGGUUGUAGAGAAAGUUGCGAAGAAAGCUUCGAUUAGGGGAAUUUCGUCCGGAGACUGGACUCUCGGCUUCGAUUCGUCGGGCAAGAAAAACACCAAGAUGGAAAAGUAAUGCACAAAUUUCAUAUCGUUCUAAAAAUUAAGGGGAGGAAGGGUGAAACGAAAUACGGAGAUUUCGGUGGGUGGGGUGGGGGGUGUUUAGAGUCGAUUAGACGGAGUAAAUAAUUAGAGAAUUGUUCGUCGAUCGAACGACGUUGAAAGUAGUGUCUAGCCAUUGGGUACCUGCAGGUCGCGGCCAUUUUGUCGUGGUUAGGGACGCGAGACCGCGAGAUGGAUAGAGGGAAAAGAUCCGCCAGGGAGAGGCAGGCUUUAUCCGAGGCUGGGGAAUUUUAACGGCAAACGAGAAUGCCGGACAUGACAAUCUGUAUCAUAAACAACAACAAGAGAAAAAAAAAUUAUGAAGAAAGAGAAACGCUAAUAAUACUUAAACAAACUUAAAAAAAAAAUACGGUAAACGUAAAGAUGAACUACUUGGUAAGCUUGAAUGAAAAUUAACUAUACACGUGUGCGUGCAAGGGCGACGCUAAUAAUAACAAUAAUACUAAUAAAUAGGUGUAAGAACUAAUAAUAAACGAUAUAGUAUAAAUAACAAAAAAUGAUGUUGAUGUUGAAUGUGGAAUUUAAAAAAGAAAAAAAAAGAAACGAUGAAGAAGGUGAGACAAACUGAACAAAAAAAAGAUAAUGAAGUAUUCGAAGUCUGUUCUGUUUUCUAUCGUAGUUUUUGUAUCUUCAAUACUCUAAGGCAGAAAUUCUAAAAUUCACGAGAACAGGCUGGAAACGACAAACAAACAAACAAAAAAAAAAUAAAAAAAGAAAGAAACUAGAAUGCAUGGAAGAUAUUUUCUCUCGACGGGGAUUCCUCGUUUUUGGAAGAACGUUAAGGCGGGGAAAACGAGGAGAAGCAAGGAAAUUUCGGUUACGAUGAUUCGAGAAGUAUGAUUUGAUAUUUUUUCUAUUCGUGGCGAGCGUUGCAACCAUUGACGUCGUUCGUGGAAUCGGAAUCGACGAUUGUUCAUCGAGAAGAAGUUCAUUCUUUUCAACGAUAAGGAGGUAGAAUGCAUGCCACUAAAUAAAAUUCCAAUGAUAAGUAGCCAUUCAAGCAUUCGUUGAGCGCGCAGCUCGUUCCUCCGAGUAAUUGUGCUCAAUCUCUGGAAAAAGGUUUCGCUUAUGGGCAGAAACAUAUUUUGAUAUUUUUGUUAAAAAAUAAUUAGGUGUACGCACAAGUUUUGUAGGAUAUGUUUAGACAGUGCCAGAAAACAAAAGCGUUGUUGGUGCUGGUACGACUGGUCAACCUGCAUUCAAAAAAGUAGACAACAAAUCGUAAUUUUUUAUAUAACUUCCUUUCUAGUAUGUUCGAAAGUUAGAUUUCAUUUGAUUAAUAAAGUAUUAAUCAAAAAAAGCUACUGGAUGCACCUAAUAUCAAUUAUCAUUGAUCUCAUAAUUAUACUAUUUAUAAUAUAUAAUAUACAGUUAUACUUAUUACAUCAGUAAUAGAUAAUAAUAAUUUUAAAUAAUACUAUUCAAAUUAUGAUUAUAAUUACAAAUAUUAUUGAUAUAAAAGGGGUGGAGGGUGUAAAUCUUUGCAAAGAAUACUACGCUCGACGAAUGCCUGAGUGGCCAUCCUACCCAAUGGAUAUUUUAGUUCAUUCGUUCGCAAUGCUCACGUUCGAGCUCGACGAUUCAGACUGGCCUGGUUCCCGAGUUUCAUUGACUUCAUUUUCACGAGGAAAACACCGAAUAGAAAAAACUAAAAGACGCGAUACUCGCCGUGCACACUGAAGUCUGAUUUUCGUCCACCUGUCUUUACCCUCUAUCACUUUUCACUGUCGCUCGGUUGCUCUAGCCUUCACCUGAAACGACUCGUCUCCCAAGUUCCAAGAAAAAGAGAUAUUUUUUACACGAUCGUCCGUUGGCGAUACAACGCGUUUCCGGUACCUCUCUAUCGUGUUUGCGUUCGUCGUGUCCCUUUCACCGGAGAUGGAUAGAACCCAAUUCGAAUUACAAAUUACUAAACUAUGGACUUUGUCCAUUUACGACAGCAAAAUCGCGAACACCGAAAAAAUGUAUAUAUGACAAAUUCUAGUAAUUAUUAUAACAAAGGAGGCACUUAGGAUCAGUGACGAAAUAUAGCUAUACUCAAACAGUUCUUUUUCGAAAACAAUUUAAUGGAAGACUUGUUUUCUGAGGUUUUUAAAUAAACUACUGCAAUCCAUUUGUAUUAUAAAUGCAUAAAAUCCACACUUUAUAAAUGACGAAUGAGAAUUCUAUAUGUUAAUUUAUUCGCAACGUUUGUCCUGAAGAACACUCUAUAAAUAACACAACCUUCUGUUCCACGAAGUUCGUAUUCUUCUGUAUCUAAAUUUUUAUCCAGAUAAAAAUGACUUCGUAGUGAAAAACGCUGUCCAUCUCUGGCGUGGGCGCGACCAGGAGGAAACGCGUCGAACCAACAAGGAAAUACAAGUAAACGAGAAAAAAUGUAAAAAAAUAAAAUAAAAAAAAAUAAAUAAAAAUAAAAUAAAAUAAUGAAAAACACUCGCCGAUUCCCCGACGCAUCGGCGGGGAAUCGCCCAACUGUUAAGUGUCUUAUUGUUCAGGCAAGCGGCUGGACGAAAGUAGAUCUUUUCUCGCGGCGAUUCUAGCGAGCGCUGGGAGACAUAUCGCUUGCGAUCGACGCUCGAUGGCUAAAACUCCGCGGAUCCGGACACGUUUGUGCCUCCGUCAGAGAACAGAGAAACAGAGGGCUAUUUGUAAUAUUUUUACAGAACCUGUAGAAAAACAGCGAGGUACAAAUGUGACGCGCGAGCAGACUCGCGAGAUAAGAGGAAAAACUAACAAAUGAAAACCAAAGUAAAUAGGUAAAAUAAAUAUGCAACCGUGUGUGUAGCUGUUAAAUCAACUGUAAGCAAAACAAAAUGUAAAAAAACGAUUUUGUCGUCGUAAUGAACGUUUGUAAAGAAAUCGUGUUGAACUCCAUGGACGAUGAUCUGUCACGAUUUGUCCGGUGCUUGUUGACGGAGACCGAUUACCUCGUAAUAUUAUUAUCGUUGUUAUCGAAAUUUUCAAAAUAAAUCCUCGGGUAUAU